GAAAGCGAAAGCUUGAUUUUUCAUCUUAGUGGUUUCAAAGUUAACGUUUUUGAUUACGGACACGCAAGAACAGCGUGAGAUCUUUGAUUAAUAGAGUUGGUCUCUGUAUUUAUAAUUAUCAGAUUCUUCAAUCUUCUUGAAAACAAGCAGAGAUGUGUAGUUUGGCGACAAAUCUGUUACUACCAUCGAAGAUGAAACCAGUGUUUCCACAGAGACAGAGCAAUAGCUCACUCUCUUUCACCACAAGAAGUUCCAAGAUGAAGAACCGAUCUAUUGUUCCUGUUGCAAGAUUGUUUGGACCGGCGAUUUUUGAAGCCUCCAAAUUAAAAGUAUUAUUUUUAGGAGUUGAUGAGAAGAAGCAUCCAGCAAAGCUUCCAAGAACUUACACUCUAACUCACAGUGACAUAACCGCUAAAUUAACUUUAGCUAUAUCUCAAUCCAUCAACAAUUGUCAGUUGCAAGGUUGGGCAAAUAGGUUGUUCCGGGACGAAGUCGUGGCUGAGUGGAAGAAAGUGAAAGGUAAAAUGUCACUUCACGUUCAUUGUCAUAUUAGCGGUGGCCACUUCCUCUUGAAUCUCAUCGCGAAGCUUCGGUACUACAUCUUUUGCAAAGAAUUACCGGUGGUUUUGAAAGCUUUCGCUCAUGGAGAUGAGAACUUGCUAACAAGUUACCCUGAGUUACAAGAAUCUCUUGUGUGGGUUUAUUUCCAUUCGGACAUCCCUGAGUACAACAAGGUUGAAUGUUGGGGUCCCCUUUGGGAGGCAACGUCGCACCAGCAUGGUGGAAACAAGACUCGCAAAAAGAGUGAAACUUUACCGGAGCGACCUUGUCUUGAUGAAUGCAAAUGUUGCUUUCCAACUGUUAGCACGAUCCCAUGGUCUCAUCGUCAUUAUCAACAUAGCGAAGCGGGUGACAAUGUCGGGGGUGGCUUGUUAGGAAAUUUUACACCUAAAGCUGAAAAGUCAAAGUGAUAGAUCUCAUAUACAAAUGUGAAAUGCAUAGUUUGUUUUUAUUUUGGGGGUUAGGAUAGUUAGUUGGGAUAUGAAAGUUUAUUUGUUCGUUGUUAAUUUAGUAUAACAAUUGUAUAACACAAAGUCUCAGUAUUAUAAGUUUCUUCUGUAUUAGUUUUACAUACAAAGUGAAUAAUAGUAUUAGAUCUACUCA